CCACCUUAAAGUAGGAUGGUCCUGAACAGAGCUCUGAUUCUGGGGACCCUCACCCUGACCAUCAUGAUGAGCCCCUGUGGAGGUGAAGACAUUGUGGCCUACAAUGUGCCAGGUACUGAGCUGGACAUGCAGGAAAUAGCAGUAAACAGGGCCUGUGAAAAGUCUACCCUUCUGAGCAUAUGUUAUAGUGGAAAGACAGACUGGAUUCUAACAGGACAGCUACCAACACUGAGGGCGAAGGAAACAGCUGACCACGUUGCAUCCUAUGGCACAACUAUCUACCAGUCUUUUGGGCCCUCUGGCCAGUACACCCAAGAAUUUGAUGGAGAUGAGCUGUUUUAUGUGGACCUGGAGAAGAAGGAGACUGUCUGGCGGCUGCCUGUGUUUAGCGAAUUCGCAGGUUUUGACCCACAGGGUGCCCUGAGAAACAUAGCUGUGGCGAAACAUAACUUGGAUAUCCUGAUUAAACACUCCAACUUUACCCCUGUUACCAAUGAGGUUCCUGAGGUGACUGUGUUUUCUAAGUUCCCUGUGUUGCUGCGUCAACCCAACACCCUCAUCUGUCUUGUGGACAACAUCUAUCCUCCUGUGAUCAACAUCACAUGGUUGAGGAACGGACACACAGUCAGAGAGGGUGUUUCUGAGAUCAGCUUCCUCACGAAGAAUGAUCUUUCCUUCCUCAAGAUCAGUUAUCUCACCUUCCUGCCUUCUGAUGAUGAUGUUUAUGACUGCAAAGUGGAACACUGGGGCCUGGAGGAGCCACUGCUGAAACACUGGGAACCUGAGAUUCCAACCCCUAUGUCAGAGCUGACAGAGACUGUGGUCUGCGCCCUGGGGUUGACUGUGGGCCUUGUAGGCAUCGUGGUGGGCACUGUCUUCAUCAUCCAAGGCCUGCGCUCAGGUGGUCCCUCCAGACACCAAGGGCCCUUGUGAGUUGCUCCCUAGAAGGGAAGGUGCACUGCCCGUCUACCAGAGCAGAAGAGUGGACAUGCUAGGUGACCUAGAACUAUCUUCAUAUAGUUCUUAUAGUUCUUCAUAUAGCUUCAUAUAGCUUCUCUCCUCUCACCUCUUCUCUGGGACUUAUCCCUUAAAGCUCACAUAUACCUCGGAAUUCUCCCCCUGACCACCUGAUGAUUUUUUUCUGUUCUCAAUAGUUACAUACCAUGGGAUCACUGCCGUAUUCCACCCAGUUACCUAAUCCCUAGUGACCCUGAUCCACUAUCAUCAUGGAAGCAAUGAAUCCUCCUUUUAUUGAAACUUUUCCUGUCUUUCAUCUCAAGGCUGACUAGGACCUUGUUCCCUUAUGCUUUAGGCCCCUUAAUUUCGUUUCUCAGAUCACGUUUCAUGCCCAGUAACACAAGAGCAACCUGUGUAGCCUAAUAAUAUGUUGUUAUCUUAGCUGAGAUUAUUAUUUCUCUCUUCCUUCUGUUCCCAUUCUUGGCACUGUCACCCACCCCCCUAAUUCAGGCAUCAUUGAAGAUAAUAUAUACUCUUCUCCCAUGGUGUAGAUUUGUUAUAGCAGAAAUACAAAAACCAAGAAAUAAGUCUGUACUCAUCUUAAUAUAGCUUUUAAAAGUUAUGACAGAGGCUU